CAUUCCGAAACCAUGGGAGAGUCUUUGUUUGUGCUGUGUCCGGAACUCCUGAACAAGCGUCCCCAUCUGCCUAGGCGCCUUGACCUGUCAUCCAAGACCACUGUGAAACUUUGCUCGCAAGCCUUGCCUUUGGUCUUGGCCCCUUCAUUGUACCAUCUAUACGAUGAAUCGCAUUGACCGUGUCACAAAUAGAAUCCAACAUGCUGGCUGUGGAUUCUUCUCGUCAGCCAACGUUGAAGUCGGACAGAAGAGCUAAGCUACAGCGUCGUGCUACAGCUCCUGUCCCUGGGAAUGUCAUAGGCCAUGCUGACCACACAAAACCAGAGGCAUUAUUAUGUGGUAAGGACUUGGGAUCGAACAUAUGUGCGACGAACUAUUUUGUCGCGGCGGAAGUUCGCGGCUCCCCGGACGACUGCAUCAGCAUGGGCCAGGACCACCGGGCCUACAUUCUGGAAACAUGUUGGAGCAAAUAUUACAGACCAUUUGCCACGCUGACGGCAGCUGGCACUGGUCCAAAAUGGAAGCUAUAGCUGCUACGGUCCAGCAGGGGAAAGGGUUUUGGUAUUCUGAGCAGUCUACCGACAAGGACUUGGUAGGACUCGGUCCCUGGUCACAUUUGAUUCCGACGCUGAGAGUGUCUCGCCAUGUCAGGAGCCAUGGUCAGAUGUGACCCGAUUUCCUUUGUUCUGCCAGUGUUUUCCUGUGAUCUGUCGUUCUGCCUACCGGAAACCGCAAGAAGUGGGUGCUGGAGGCGUGAUUCAGGGCUUCUUGGCUCGGUCAUGAUGGACGACUUUCAGGGAUGCUCAGCUUGGGUCGUUCGAGUAGCAGGCAAAGAUCUACCAUGAUUGCCACCAGUCAUUUGCUGGCCUCGGCUUUGAUUCGACCCCUGCUCUGUUAGGGUUUUGUCUGGAAAAUCCAACAUCUUCCACCUCAACAUUG